GGUGUCCCUGCCAUCCCUGCUAGAGAACUCUUCAGUGAUUAUUCUUUUGCUCCUGAGGGUGGACAACCUCCUCAUCCCUACUUUGUUCCUUUUGUCCAGGACAACCUCAACGUCUUCCUCCGGGCCUGCGGCAAGCUUGGACUAAAAGAGGCACAGCUCUUCCACCCCGGAGAUCUUCAGGACUUAUCCACGAGAGUUACAGUCAAGGAUCAAGAGACCAACCGGAGGCUGAAAAAUGUGUUGAUCACCAUUUUCUGGCUCGGCAGAAGAGCUCAGUGCGACAGAGUCUACGAUGGACCUCACCUGAACUUCAAGGCGUUCGAGGGAUUAUUGGGCACAGCACUGUACAAGGCUCUGCAGGAGUCGUCCAGUCAGAAAGGCAGCAGCGUCAGAGACAGUGGUUUUGGAGAUAGCUGGUACUCCGAGCGAGAGGAGCUCUACCAACUGAGAGAAGGAGGAAGAGGAGGAGGAAGCAGCGGCAGCGGCGGACACAGGAGAGACGACUCCCUGGACAGUUUGGACUCUUUGGGAUCCCGACCUCACAGCAUCUCCUCCGACACCACCCUUAAAGGCAGCAGCGAGGGUUGUUGCAGUGACACCGAGGCCGACUCCGUCUUCAGGAUGGCUGACAACAAGGACGGUCUCAGUUACCGCCGGUCAGUCCACAUCACGCCCAAGACCACCACCCAGUUCAACCAGUUUCUGCCCAGUAAGGACAAAACUUCGGGUUAUGUGCCCGCUCCUCUGAGGAAGAAACGGGCAGAGCGCCACGAGGACAACAGGCGUAGCUGGGCCAGUCCCGUAUACACGGAUGAAGACGGCAAACUCACCAGAGAGCACCAGACGCCAGAGAGUAUCGACGGGAGCAAAUCAACAAGUGAUAUCCAGGACGACUCCGCCAUCCUCCGGCAGAUUCGCUACGAAGAGCUGCAGAAGCACCGCGAGCAGAUAAAGGAUACUGAGGACAAGUGGCAGGAUGACCUGAGCAAAUGGAAGAACCGGCGCAGGAGCGUCAACUCUGACAUCGUGAAGAAGAAAGAGGAGCGUGAGAAGGUGGAGGAGAUUUCCUUCGGUAACAGGAGGUCCAAGACCUUCAAGGAGAUGCAAGAGGAGAGAGACAAUACAGGAAAAAAAAGCAUCGGCAGUCGUCUCGGAUCUCUGGCUUACCUGGACGACGAGGAGGACGUGUUUGAGAGACCCGUCGCCACCCCUCGUACCCGAACCCUCCCCCCCAGGAGCUUCACUAUUGACACUCCUUACAAUUCUUUCGAGCCCUCUGUGCCUUCUCUGAAAGAGGACGACCCCCCCGCUGCCUCCCCAGCCACGGGCAGGGCCGCUUCCCCUCCCCUUCCAAGAUCACGGGGAGUGGAAGUUGUGGACCGUUCUGCAGGCAGAGACACCACGACCACCAUCACUUCCAGCCUCCCUCCCUUCAGCCGAGGCUCUCUCCACGACUCUGCUGCAGGUGCACCUUUACAGAGGAGCGCCUUCUCAGAACGCAGCAGAACCACCAAGACAGAGGAGAAACCCACGCCUGUCCUCUCAGAACGCAGCAGAGCCACCAAGACGGAGGAGAAAACCACGACCGUCGUCUCCUCCUCCUCCGCCCUACAAAAGGUGGCAGAGCCAAGACGCCCAUUGUCACGCGUACAAACGGAGGUGGAGGCCCCCUCCCCUGGUUUUCUGUACAAACAACAACCGCAGCCCAGCCUGAUGGAACCCAAACCUCCCGGAGUGUCUCAUGUUUCCGCCUCCCUCCCCAGGAGCUACCAGAAACCGGAUAGCACACGUCUGACUUCAGUUGUCACGGCGAAGCCCUUCAGGCCCCCAGCCUCCCGCAUCAACUCACUUCCACGAGUCUUCGCAAUGGGCGACCCUAACAAGCGCGUCAAUGGCGACGCCUCUAGCAAGUCAUCGGUGCCGAGCCGCUAUCACGAGUUCAUGACCCCCGAGGAAGAGGCUCACUCCAGCUCGGCCCACAGCAGUGAAGAUGAGGAGGAAGAGGAGGAGGAGGCAGAUGCGACAUGGGGCAAGACCGCGCCGAAGAGUGUCACCUUGACUCAGAGCAUCUCAUCCGCCCCUGCUCCUCCAGUCAGGAGAGAAGUUCCGGUCAGUCCUGCUCCAGUCAGUCCUGCUCCAGUCAGUCCUGCUCCAUUCAGUCCUGCUCCAGCCAAAGAAAGCAGCCAGGAGAACUACUGCGACAUGCGGAUCAACCUGAACCAGAAGCCCAACAGCAGCAGAGACUUUGGCUUCCAGGCAGCCUGGGACUCAACCGGAGCUCGCGUCACGACCAUCGCACCAGGCAGCCCGGCUGAGAUGUGCCAGCUCCAGGCCGGAGACGAGGUGCUGACAGUGAACAGCCAGAAGGUGGCAAAGAUGAGCUACACAGACUGGAAGUCCUGCAUGGAGGAGGCGCUGCAGGACGGCAGUCUGGUCAUGGAUGUUCGCCGUCACGGCAAAAACAACUGGGACAGAGACCAACCUUCCCUGCCAUUUAAAAGCCAUAAGACCAUCAAUCUGACCAGUACGGAUCAUCCGAUACUUCUAGGUUCCCCCGACUCAAACUCCAGCCUGGAUUUCACCUCGCGCAUGACCUCGGAAACCCUGCUGCCCAAAGAGCUCACCGCCAACCCACUAGUCGAUUUGGCUUCAAAUGGAGUUAAUGGAAGUUUCCACCAGAAGCCGGUGACCAUGAGGAACAAAGAGUCAGAACCCAUAUCUUUGAAAAACUUAAAACGGCGAUCAGAGUUUUUUGAACAAGGAGGAUCAGAGUCUGUGAUGCCAGAUAUACCUGUUCCCUCAAUCACUCCCUCCUCCAGUCGCUGGUCCUGGGACCCAGAGGAGGAGCGAAGGAGACAAGAGAAAUGGCAGAAGGAACAGGAGCGCCUCCUACAGGAGAAAUAUAAGCGUGACCAUGAGAAGCUGCAGGAGGAGUGGCUGAGGGCUCAGGAGGAGAUCGACAACACCGUGGACCAACCAGAUUUUGCAAAGCCCGGCAGCCUGGAGGGGAACAGCCACAGCGUCAGCCCACACUCGCCACUCUUUUCUGUCAACCAGCCCACUUCUUCUCAGCGGGAAGAGGAAGAGAGAAAGAGGAAGGAGGAGCAGGAGCGCCGAAGGCAGGAGGAGGAGAAGAGGAAGCGGGAGGAGGAGGAGCGAGAGCUGCUGCGUCUGCGGGAGGAGAGGGAGAGGAAGGAGAGGCAGGCGGAGGAGGAGAGGAAGAGGAGGGAGGAGGAGAGGAAGAGGAGGGAGGAACAGGAGAGGCAGGCGGAGGAGGAGAAGAAGAGGAGGGAUGAGGAGGAGAGGGAGAAGAGGAGGAGGGAGGAGGUGGAGAGGCAGAGUAGGGAGGAGGAACUGAGGAGGAGAGAGGAGCAGAGGGAGGAGGAGCGGAGGUGGCAGGAAUCUCUGGAGCAGCAGCGCAGGGAGCGGGAGCGAGCCUUCCAGCAGCAGCAGCAGCAGCUGCAGCAGAUGCAGCAGCAGCAGCAGCAGUUGCAGCAGCAGCGGGCCGCUGGCUCCGAUGGCUUUAACAUGCAUCCUCCACUGUCCUAUACUGACAGGGUAAAAUCCCAAUCGUCUCCUCAGCUCGACGAAGAGGAAAAACCUCAGAGGAGAGGUGUGAACGUGCAGCCGGGGGGCAUGGCCCACUGGCUGCUGGAGGAGCAGUUGAGGAGUGAGCGUGACAAGCAGGCCCGGGGUCAGAGGGCAGCGUCAGAGCUGGAGAUGGAGCGCAGAAACAUCCUCAACGCCAUGAGAUACAGAGAGCCGGAGAGAGUGACAGGUGGAGGUGGACUAGAUGAGAGGAAGGGACUGCAGCCCCUGACGCCUGCUGAGCUGGAGCGGCAGCAGAUCCUGGACGAGAUGAAGAAGAAAGCACCGCUGCUGACGGACAACAGCUGGAUCCGCCAGCGCAACGCUGCCACGGCCGCCAACAAGGAGAGUGACCUGCCACCCAUGCGCAGGGGCGACUCUCUUGACAACUUGGACUCCUACAACUCAUGGCGCUCGUCAUGGACACCCAGGAGCAACUCUUACGUCCAAAAUUACGCCCGGCCUCACUCUGCCCUCUCCGGCAGCUCUUCUGUUUACGGUGGCGGACAGGUGCCCCAGAGGCCCACUUCCUCCACCCUGCCCUCCUCCUACUCCAUGGGCUCCCUUCGAGGCGGGGCAGGAACCCCCUCGACCCCCUGGUCCCGGCAGACCCCUUCUCCCACGCCCUCCUCUCAGUCCCCCACCACCUCUCCGGAGCCCAUGUCCGAGGCCGGUGCCCUUCAGCAGCAGAGCAGGUCAGUGAGUGGCAAGAAAAUCUGUACGUUCUGUGACAGCCCUCUGGGGAAGGGAGCGGCCAUGAUCAUCGAGUCCCUCGGGCUCUGUUAUCAUUUGACCUGCUUCAAGUGUAUCGACUGUACGGCUAACCUCGGAGGAUCGGAAGCCGGCGCUGAAGUCAGGAUACGAAACAAGCAGCUCUUCUGUAACUCUUGCUACAUGCGAUUCAAAACCGGCCUGCCAACCUCUAUGUGACGUCCUCCAGCAGAUUGAUGAAGAGACUACUUGUGACAACAACCCAUGAACAUCGGAGCCGUCGCAAACAGCUGGAAACACUUGGCUCGUUCCCACUUCCAUUACCGACUCUAGAAAACUCCCUUUUGUCUCAUUGAGCAGAAUCAUGUUUUGUGUUUUUACAGUGUGCGAUUGAGAGGGUGUAAGCUUGCAAAGACGUUAUCUACUUUAACACGUUUAUAUCGUAUUAAGUAUUACAGCUGUGCAAAGUGUAAGGGUUGUGCAUGCACUAGAGAUUUUUUUCAAUGUUUUAGCCGCGAAACUAGCCGAGCAAUAAACAGACUUUAAGAUCCCACAGGCGGGGGGCUGUCAUAUGAGACAGAUUUUCAAGAUAUCGAGAGAGACCCCUGCAGGAUCGUCCUCUUCCUUCUCGUUUUCACGCUUUUGUUUUGUUUUCUGCUGAAUCUCGUGGUUAUAACAUGUCUUUCAGCCAAGGUGUUCUCGUCAUGUGUAUGUGCCUUUUUCAUUGGUAACAGGGAGAAGUGAUUAAGAUUAACAGAAUUAUUUCAAAAUAUAUUUAAAAAGAGAAACUUCUGCUCGUAUAGCACUUGUCUGGAGUUAUCGCUGAUAGAUGGAGGAUUGUACACAGAAGCAGGUUUCCAUGUGAAGAUUAUAUAUAUCCUAUUGAAUGGCAUUGAGGCAAAAUGGCAACAUUUGUAAAUAAAACGACUAAAUCCUCA